AUGCGGAGGCGCCGAGCAGCGCGGUUCUUAGGCCGUCCCAAAAAGUGGUCCAAGGGGAAAGUGAGAGACAAGUUGAACAACCUCGUCCUGUUUGACAAGGCCACCUAUGACAAACUGUGCAAAGAAGUGCCCAACUACAAGCUCAUCACGCCUGCAGUUGUCUCGGAGAGGCUGAAGAUUCGAGGCUCCCUGGCCAGGGCAGCCCUCCAGGAGCUGCUCAGCAAAGGUUUGAUCAAGCUGGUGUCCAAGCACCGAGCCCAAGUGAUCUACACCAGGAACACGAAAGGUGGAGAUGCACCGGCCGCAGGGGAGGAUGCGUAGGGAGGUUCUUCAGUGACCUCAUCAACAAUGUGUCAUAUGUAGAUGCACACAAUAAAGUUAUUGACAUAAUUUUUCUUGUUUUCU